AUGACAGCAGCAGGGAGCGGCAAUGGUUUUGGCACGACAGCCUGGUGGGGCUUUUCUCCAGCACUUGACCUGCAAGCCGCAUGUUUGGAGGCCUCGGUGGAAUGCCUGUCGCUGUCCCAGGACGGUGUCCCUGAACUGAACAUUCUGCUCGUGGGAUCGAUAGAUGGCCGUCACAUCCUCAAGACCAUGAGUCGGGCGCACCUGUGGCCACGGAGGAAAAUCAAUUUCUACGUGCUUGAGAACAAUUUGGAGGCCCUGGGCCGGCAGCUGCUGUUCCUGAGUCUAGCUCUGGAGCCUUCAGAAAAGAUGAGCCUGCAAGAGAAGAGUGAGACAUUCCUGGAGCUGAUGGGAAACACUCUACUCCGAAGCCAGACAGCUGCCUACUUGCAGGAGAAGGCGGGCCUCUUUGUCCGUUACGUCACGGACCCCGAUUUCCAGCAGGCUCACCUACCCACCUUGGACUUGUCUGGCCUCAAGUUCAGGGAGCGGGACCACAUGGAGGCCAUCUUCCACUUCUGGCGCAACCCCGACCCGCGGUCUUUCCAGAUCAAGCAGCUCUGGGACCUGCGACUCCGGCAAUACCUGGGCACCCGCUACGACUCCCGCCGCGGGGUGUGCGACUGGGAUCUCACCAUGAAGCUGCACGAACAUGGGGCCAAAGUCAUAAACUUCCGGGAGUUUUUCCAGUGGCGCGAUACAGGCGUGGCCUUUGAAAUGCGGGAAGCCUCCUAUGAUGUCCCCAACAAGACGUUGGCGUCUGGGCGCCUCCUUAGACACAAAGGGGAGCCAGUGUCAGCCCGGGGCUACUGGGGAGACAUAGCCACGGGCCCCUACAUGACCUUUGGAAUUGAGGCUGAAGAUCCCAGUCUCCUGAAGACGACCAAUGGUCUCCCGAGGAAGAGCGCCCAGGAAAUCUCCUUGCACAAUGUCACUGCCCUGCUCUUUGAACUCAUUCAUCGCACCCGCUAUGACCCAUUGGCAUCCUCUAAUGAGGGGGGCAGUGGUGACAACCUACAGGGUGGUGGUCGGGACUGUGCCAAGCUGGAUGCUACUAAGGGUGAGUAGUGGGUGAGCACUCAAGACGUCCGUGUCUAUUUCUUGCCUCUCAACUGCCUCUCUGAGCUCCAUCACAAAGGCAAAUAUCAACACCUCUUCAACCUCAGCUUCUUCUCUUGCAGCAUGGUGCACUUCCUGAAACCCAAUUUGAAUCUGGUGUCUGCCUCGAAAGCCACUCUUAUUGUUGAGCUGACAAACUUCCUGCCUGAUCUCCGCGAGGAACAAGUGUCUGAGUUCUCCUCCCAAGUAAAGAACCUGGCAGCAGAGGCGGGAUUUGUGCCGGUCCAAACCUCAGACAAAAAAAACUUUUCCUUGUUCCAGCUUGGGAACCAGGAGGCUGGAGAGAUUUGCAGCAAGAUACCUCCACCUGAGAUGACAGCACCUGGCCCCUGAAGUUAUUCCUUUAUACACUGGUCCCGUGUGUUUUUUAACCAU